AUGGUAAUCCUAGUGCGCGCAACCACUCGGUUGUGGGCGCCCCAAGCACUGGUGCUAGCUGCACAGCCGAGGCCCACCUCCAGUUUCCAGAACUUGCUCGCAAAGAGCGCACUGCACACAUCGGCGGUAGCAGCAGCUCAGCAGCGAAGCUCUGGCGGCGUGGGAGGUACUGCCGUGCGGGAACUUCGACCUUACGCUACAGUAGUUCCUGCGGCUGAACGACUGGUCGUCAUUGGCGAUGUCCAUGGGGAUAUUGACGCUUUCAGGAGCUGCUUGCAGAUGGCGGACCUCGUCGAUGCCGAAGACAAGUGGGCAGGCGGGGAGACCGUCGUGGUGCAGAUGGGAGACAUUUUCGACAGGGGGGACGACGACUUGCCGAUCCAGGAAUGGGUGUAUAAGCUUGCUCAAGAGGCGGGCCGAGCGAACGGAGCCCUGUACAGCGUCAUGGGGAACCACGAGAUGCUGAACGCCAUGGGGGAUCACUCCAUGGCCACGAGGAAGGCUUUCGUUCCAUUCCUCGCUCUCCGACCAGAGCUGGAUGAACUUGUCGGCGGGGACUGGAGCGCGCUGGAAGGCUUUCCCGAGUGGGCGAGGUGCCGACUGGCGGCGAUGCGGCCCGGGGGGCCGGUGGCUAGGCUCAUGGCGGCGCACGCUGUUUCCAUGAAGGUAGGUGAUAACCUCUUCGUACACGCAGGGUUGCUGCCGGAGCAUAUCCGCGGAACGGCGGCGGGCGAGGCAGGGGGCGGAGAUCAGGGCGACUCCGUAGCAGCCGCCGAAGAGGUGAUGGAGAGGCUCAACGCGGACACGUGUGCUUGGAUGCUGGGCAAGAGAUCAAUCCCAGAGGAGAUCUGGCAGCCCGAGGGUCCCCUUUGGACAAGGGUGUACUCGACCCCGGACUCUCGCGAGAUCGACGCGGCGGCGAGAGCCCAGCUGGAAGAGGUGUUGCGCCUGACCGGCACGAAGCGAAUGGUGGUCGGGCACACGCCUCAAAGAGCGGGGAUUAACUCGGCUGCGGACGGGCAGGUUUGGCGUGUCGACACAGGGAUGACGGCGAUGAUUGGGGGACGCCCGGAGGCUCUAGAAAUUAGAGGAGAGGAGAUGACAAUUUUGACGGAGUACAAAUCCAUCCCCGGCCAGAAGAGAGCCGCUCGCCAGCCUACACCCGUGUCCAAGGGCGAUGAGUUUAGAAGACAAUGACGAAACCGCGGAGCCCCCCCCCAUGCGGUCACGAUCAAAACGAGAGAUGUAUGUAGGGUCGUGACGUGUGAUCACGCCGAUAGCAUUGGUCUUUAGGCAGAACGCAGUGCGUUAUGUUGCAGAACCCUUUGUACCCAGAAAAAGUAUAGGUUGAUGGUUAGACGGACCGGCAGAGGCCGGCGUGUUUUGAAUUGGUGGAGGUUUUGGUGUGUUGUAUGGUCGUUGGGCGAUGUCUAGGGUGUGAACUCUUGUGAACGCAGGCGCUACGUGGUAAGGGUCAGGCCCGGUAGAUUGUCUCGCGAGCGAGCUGUGCCUGUCGUACGUCCACGGCUCUCGCUCAUGAAAAAACUACGGAGGAAAGACCGCUGCCUGUCAGGGGAAGAACGGCCCUUUUCCCUCGGGCUCGGCCAGGAUAGCGCGAGAGGAGCAAGGACAUGGGGUUGGCGGCGGGAUCAUCAUGCAACACAUGUUCCGAACGACAAUGAAUAUGGAGUGUU